AUGGCGACGGUCCCGACAAUAUUUCACGAGCUAACACACGACCAGGCUCACGGUCCUCGCUCGGGCAAGCUUGCCUACUACGAGCUAAGCUGGUUACACAAGCCAUUCCUAGAUGGAACCCGUGUUCCGCUUCGCGGCCAUCCCGGAGAAAUUGAAGCUAUAAGAAAAGAAAUAGCUCUACGAUUCGCCGGAAUUGUUAAAGAUCCAGUAAUAUUACUACAACAGCAAAAACAAUAUAUUUCAACUGGGAUUGAAAACUUAGAUAAAUUGCUGGGUGGCGGUUUGUACGCAUGUAGAUUUUAUGAAAUUUGUGGCAACUCAUCUGCAGGAAAAACGCAACUCUGUAUCACACUAGCUGCCAAUAUUGCACUCAACUCAUCCGCAGACAUUCAUUACAUUGACACCAAGAAAGAUUUCUCAGCAACGAGACUCCAAAAUAUCUUGGAAGCUAAAAAUAAACCUGAUGAGGUCGGUGCCGCUUCGGGCAUAACUGCACUUUUGCUCAUGACUCGGAUCUCCAUCGCAGUGCUGCUGAAUUAG